AUGUCUGUCCAAACAUCAAAUUCCAUUUUUCUGUCCGCUCAGGGCAAGCUCCUCGUCCAGCCUGUGACAGAAAAGUACACAGUUGAGGGCUCCCAAUGCCUUGUCCGUGUCGACUAUUCAGCCAUCAACCUCUGCGAUUACAACUUCUUCUACAUGGGACUUAAUUCCUUCAUCACCGGAUUCGAGAUGUCCGGUACUGUCGAGCAAACGGGCCCCGACUCACGAUUCCAAGUCGGAGAUACCGUCUUCGGAAUCUCACCCGUCGUCAUUCCAAUGCCAUCCUCGCACGGAACCCACCAGGACUUGGUAGUCGCGAGGUCUGAGCUGCUCUUUAAGAUCCCAGCCGGUAUAUCAGCAAAAGAUGCCAGUGUGGUCUGCAUGCCGGCACAAACGGCGGCAGAUGCCUUGUUCAAUGUCAUUGGAUUGGGGAUUCCAGCCGCUGGCGUCGCUGGCAUUGACCCUGUUGGCAAGGGAAUUCUCAUCUGGGGCGGCGCGAGUAGCGUUGGAAUGAUGGCCAUUCAAUUAGCCAAGGCGGCUGGGCUCCAACAUAUCUUUGCAACAGCCUCAGCUAAGAACCAUGACAUCCUUCGAGAGUUGGGAGCCACCCACUGCUUCGACUACAGGAGCCGCAACGUGGUUGAAGAUAUUCAGCAGGCUCAGAAGACGCUCGGGAUUGUUUUAACCUUGGCCUUCGAUACUGUAGGCAAAGGAGUCGUGGGUCCUGCUGAUGCUGGCAGCCCUAGCACUCCUGAGCUUACGAAGAGUGUAUUGGGCGCCUCUGAGAGUCUUCGCCUAGCCUGUACGCUCCCGGUCCGCCAAGACCCUACCUUCGGUAUGUGCACGUCAUAUCGGCCAAGCGGCAGUAUGAACGCCAUGGGCGCACCUCAAGAUCCGGAUUCAGCUAUCCGUAUACGCAGGAUUAUGGAAAAUAUGCUGGCUGCAAAAGAUGGAUGCUUGAGACUGCCUGUUGUCACAGUUGUAACGGGUGCUGAGGCUGGUAUCGAGGCAAUCCGACGUGUUGCCGGUGGGGAAAUGAGCAUGGAAAAGCUAACGCUAAAGCAUCCACUAGAAUAG